UACUUAUAUCAUUACUCUUGGCUUUACGUUAGCUGACUUACCACGGCUUUUUACCGCUGCCAGCAGCACCUUUGACGCCAAAUCCUAUGGCAUCAGAUAGAGCGAAAAUAGCGAAAGAUCAGGGCAAUGCAGCCUUCAAGACGGGUGAUUACCCAGCUGCGAUCGGCCAUUAUACGUCCGCAAUUCUUGCGAAUGCCAAUGACCCGACAUUUCCUCUCAACCGUGCAGCAGCGUACUUGAAACUAGGCAAGAAUGAGGAUGCAGAACGAGAUUGUACGACCGUUUUGAAGCUGAGCCCCAACAAUGUAAAAGCUCUAUUUCGGAGAGGUCAGGCUCGAAAGGCUCUCGGUUGUUUGGAUCAAGCCCGUGCAGAUUUCGUGGGGGCAUCCGAAUUGGAACCCUCAAAUCAGUCUGUGAAGCAGGAGCUUUUAGAAGUCGAGAAAUUAAUUCAACAGCAUAAGCAAAAGCAUGACAGUGCAAAUACCCCUCGCUCAAUAACUGUACCGUCAGGGGCUACUCUAGCGAUAAAGCGGAGGCGCGUUCCAAUAGAGAUCGUCGAGGAAGCGUCUAGAGCGUCACAUCAUCAUGGUGCAGAGCUCGCAGUAGAAGAUGCUGAAAAGCAGCUUAAAGGUCUCGGAGAUCAUGGGCUGCUACAGCCGAUUUCUUCCCGAGCGUUACCUCGGAGUAAUGAACCCAGUUCAUCAAGCAUCAAACCAGAUCAGAGCACUAUGCCACCUCCACCGAAGCAAGUUACUUCAGCAAAAACAGAAAGUUUCAAAGACGCAAAGCAGUUACGGGACACUGCAAAGCCAUCACGCAUUGGUGGGGGGAUAUUCCGGCCAUCUGGCAACCAUACAGUGUUUGCUAGGGAUGAUAAAUUGACCGGCGUAGCUCCAGUAACAACUUCGCUUCCAGCCUUGGUCAACACUGUCCCACAAGCUCCUAUGACUCUUUUUAACUUCACAAAGAUGUGGGAAUCUCACAUGAAAGACGAAGAUCGUUGGAACAUCUUCUCUAGAAUACCACCAUUGUCCCUUCCUAAGAUGUUCCAGGCAUCGCUGGAGCCAGUUUUGCUUUCAUCAAUACUUCAGCAUUUUGAACGAGUCAUAGAUCUACAAAUCGCGGCUCCUAGUGAUGUGCGUGAAUACUUGGUGUCGUUAUCAAAAGUCCAGCGGUUUGGCACGAUUAUGCUAUUCAUGAACAAGGAGGAGAAAACACUUUUAAAGGGGCUUUGGGAGACAUGUGGUUCGAAGGCUUGAUAUAUAACCUGAUUGUUGCGUAAAAUUAAUAGUCACAGCAUCGAUGCACUGUCAUACACAUGUAGAUAUUAUUCCAACGUGGCUUUGUGAUAGUGCUGAGAAACCACUAGUACCUGACUAAGCUGGAGUAUGUAUA